AUGUCGCCCACAACCACCAAUUUCUAUUAUCCUAAAGGCAUACACUCGCUACCAAUCGAAUUGUUAUCUUCCAUAUUCGUGUUUGGCGCCGGGUUCGAUAAUUAUGCCGACUCACCAUUUCUACUCAAACCGGAGAAGGAGUAUGAACCAGUUCCGUCAUCAGAUUUCCAGGUUGUCGUAUCUCAUGUUUGUCAUCACUGGCGCGAAGUCGCCUUAAGUACGCAGUCAUUGUGGACGACUUUGCAUUUUGGACAUCCGUCCCACAUUCCCCGCGCCAAAGCGUAUCUCGCACGGUGUUCCAAUUCAGCAACUGGUUUGCUGGAUAUUCUUGUCAAUACAGUGUCAUACGAAACACACGCACGAGAUCCACUCCGCACACUCUAUGAUUCCGCACUUAUCGACAUAUUCGAGCUUAUUGUGCCCCAUGUCAAAAGAUGGCGCGCGUUUCACCUUAAAAUAUCUGACCAUAAUUGCAAAGGUACUGCCAGGCGUUUUCUCAGCAGCUGUGGGCCUGCCCCAAAUCUUGAAACUCUACAGCUCUACCAUUUUGAAGACUUUCGGACAUCACAGCGACUCUUCGAAGCCAUCCAAAAGCCUCCAGUGACCAUUUUUAGUAACGACUUGCCUCGCUUGAGGAACGUUUCUUUAAUCGGAGUCAAUCUAGGAUGGGAUAGUAGCCCUUACCUAUCCAACCUAAGGACACUGGAGCUUGCACUACAUUCUGAAAAUGUUCGACCCUUCUACGUGAGCUGGGAUCGUAUACUCCAGUCGAGUCCAGGAUUGCAGACACUCUGCCUCCACUACUCUGGUCCCAAGGCUACGACGGACGACCCGAGCUCUCAAUGGCCCAAUGCGGACCAAAAAAUUCAAUUGAAAGUAUUGAAGGAGCUUAGUUUAACCUCUCUCGAUCCCGAUUAUCUCUACGAUUUAGUCCAGAGGUUAUACUUUCCAAAUCUUCAAGUAUUGACGUUGGAUUUGCCUGACCUUGAGUACACAUCCUUCAUCACAUUGUUGGCAAACCCGGGAAUAUCACACAUAGUGACUGGGACGUCGACAUACAUUUGCCCUGUGCCCCCAAUGGGAUCCCUACACAACCUUCAGACCCUUGUAAUACGCGCUCUAGAUUGUUCACUAAAGAGCUGGAUAGAAUUCCUGCACUCAAUGCCUGAAUUACGCAAUUUGCAAGUUGAUUUCGGCCGUGUAGGGGACCGCGCUUUGUUUUGGUCGGUGUUCACCCAACCAAGUACGGCUCCUGCUUCUGGAAGAGAAUUUUCUGCGAAAGGACGUUGUGUUCAUGCGGGGAUUGUUCUGCCACGACUGGAAAGGUUUAAGUUUGGGGGGAUUUUGGGACGAGAUAUUAUUGCCGCAUUGGCAUAUCGAUACAAGAAUCGAACCAAACUCACUCCUAGCAAUCAAAUAUGGAUUAUUGGCUGGAAUGGACAUGUCAAAGCAGAUAUUGAGCGGGAGAGUCUGAUUGAGAGAGGUUUUUGGAUGCCCGACGAUGAGGACAAAGAAGAGGCAAAAAUAAUCAUUAGGAAAUAUGACGACCCGGAGGAGGAGGAAAUUGAAAGCAUCGACGAGGGAUAUGGAGAAGAAGAAGAAGAAGAAGAAGAAGAGGAGAUAUUCGAGGAUUAA